ACACGUUGAUCACGAAGGAGAGGGAAGACGAACCUCCUUCCCUCCAUGACCUUUUUCCACGGGCGAUGGCGAAAGCGGGCUCCGAGGUGCGAAUGGUGGCAGCGAUGGCGCGAAAGCUGAUGAUCGAAUCGGAUGGUGUGAAGACGAAGGCGCCGCUGGGCGGUAGCGCGCUGGACUGUCUCCCUAGGCGAAGCAAGCCUAGCCUACCGGUCGUGCAAAUUUCACACUCGUGGCGCUGUACAGCUUGCGCGCGUACCGGGGGCAGCAGCGCAGCAAUUUCGCACCCGUCGCGCUGUGAUCGGGUUCGAAAACAGGCAGCUUGCGCGCGAACCGGCGGUGGCAGCGCAGGAGUUUCACACUCGUCGCGCUGUGAUCGGGUUCGAAAACAGACAGCUUGCGCGCGAACCGGCGGUGGCAGCGCAGCAGUUUCGCACACGUUCUGUGAUCGGUUUGGAGAGGGGAUAGCCUGCGCGCGAACCGGCGGAAGCAGUGCAGCAGGCGGGUGGAGGAGACCGGGAGCUGUCGGAACGCGGGUUCGAAAACAGGCAGCUUGCGCGCGAGCCGGCGGUGGCAGCGCAGCAGUUUCGCACUCGUCGCGCUGUGAUCGGGUUCGAAAGCAGACAGCUUGCGCGCGAACUGGCGGCAGCAGCGCAGCAGUUUCGCACUCGUCGCGCUGUGAUCGGCUUGGAAAGCGGAUAGCUUGCGCGCGAACCGGCGGAAGCAGUGGAGCAGGCGGGUGGGGGAGAGCGGGAGCUGUCGGAACGCCACGGCAGGCGUCACAGCGGCGGCGGGAAUCGAUCCGAUCACCUUCCGCGAAGGAGGUCGGGGAUGGGCGGAGGGCUGUGCGUCGGAUCUCUUUUCGGCAGCUGUGUGACAGGCACAUGCACAUAGCCAGCCGGUGCGACAGCGACUGCGGGGGACGAUGGGGUGUACGACGCGCGAGCGGCACGACUACGGGUAGCAAUGAACAUGUCGUGAUGGACGACAACGACGACGAGGAGAAGACGGAGGAUGGUUCUGAAGACAACCACGUUAAUCGGGAUUGGGAUGGGGAUGUUCCGGUGAACACAGACAUGCAAGGAGAUGAGGCCCGGGAGCCAUGGCGGGUAAGCUCAUGGCGGGAAAGACAGGAGAAAGGUGCGGAGGAAGACGGAGGAGGGAGAAAGAGAGAGGGCAAGGCUCUGCGAAUAGAAAAAGAGAGGGAGAUUAAGAGUACAUCAAGGGGAAUUAUUGCAUCUCAACAGCGUGAAUCUGUGACGAAGUAUGCUCGGCGGGCUAUGGAAGAGUCUGUUCCUCCCGAAGGCUACGUGCUUCUGUUGUCCUGCGUUGUUGGUCUGAUGACCGGCGCUGCCGUCGUCGUUUUCAACGACAUGGUGCACGGAAUCCAUCACUUGCUGUGGUCAGGGGCUGGAGGUGAGAGUGCUUCUUGGCUCAGAUCCCAACCGAUCGCAGCCACCUGGGAACGGGUGGUCCUUAUUCCCGUGGGAGGCGGGAUUCUUGUCGGGCAGCUCAAUGCAUUGAGGACGUACCUGGACGAGAUGAGCGUCAGGUACGUGAGGCUUCCUGGGCUCGACCGCGACUCGGAGUCCCCUCCUCUCUUGAAUAUCAACGCCUUACUGCAGAUCGCCCAACCAGUCCUAAAGGCCCUUGCUGCGUCUGUAACACUUGGGACUGGGAAUUCGCUGGGCCCAGAAGGACCAAGCGUAGAGAUCGGUGCCUCGUUGGGUUCCAGUGUUGGCAAGGUCCUCAAGAACAGCCGAGAGAGAACUCUAGCAUUCAUCGCCUCCGGGUCAGCUGCUGGCAUAGCUUCAGGCACUGUGGCCAAAGAGAAUCAACUUAAGUGAGAAAAAGGAGGGAUCACGAACAAAACAUGAGAUAAAUGCAUAAAGGAUGU